GUAUUUUGAAAGAAUAAAGAAGAACUUCCGGGUGAGCCUUUCAUGCACACGUGAGCUGUGAACAAACUAGAAUUUUACAGGUGGAAGACCGGCUGGACCUUUCCGCCAGGAUGGAGGAGAAAGUUCAGAAACAGAGGAAGCACCAGCAGAAGCACAGCGGACCGAAGGCACAGAAGAAGAAGCUGAGGAAGCAGGCCGGGGCGGCAGACGGAGAUGAGCGGAAACGCAACCCCAAAGCCUUCGCCGUGCAGUCGGCCGUCCGCAUGGCCAAGACCUUCCACAGGGCCCAGGACAUAAAAGCGAAAAAACAUCACAUCCCUGUCGUGGACCGCACUCCGCUGGAACCCCCACCUGUUGUGAUUGUGGUCAUGGGGCCCCCCAAGGUGGGGAAAAGUACCCUAAUCCGCUGCCUAAUCAAGAACUUCACUCGGCAGAAGCUCGGGGAUAUUUGUGGUCCUGUGACGAUCGUCUCUGGAAAGAAACGCCGUCUGACCUUCAUGGAGUGCAACAACGACAUCAACACCAUGAUCGAUCUGGCAAAGGUCGCCGACCUCGUCCUGAUGCUGAUCGACGCCAGCUUUGGCUUCGAAAUGGAGACGUUCGAGUUCCUCAACAUUUGUCAGGUACACGGCUUCCCUCGGAUCAUGGGCGUUCUCACUCACCUGGACUCCUUCAAGAACAACAAGACUCUGAGAAAGACCAAGAAGAACCUGAAGCAUCGCUUCUGGACGGAGGUGUACCAGGGAGCCAAACUCUUCUACCUGUCGGGGAUGGUGUACGGGGAGUACCAGACUCAGGAGGUGAAGAAUCUGGGCCGUUUCAUCUCGGUCAUGAAGUUCCGCCCCUUGGUGUGGCAGACCUCCCACCCCUACGUCCUGGUUGACCGCAUGGAGGACCUGACCGACCCCGAGAAGAUCCGCACAGAGCCAAAGUGCGAUCGCACCGUGUCGCUCUACGGAUACCUGCGAGGGACACACUUGAAAAACAAGGGCCAGGUCCACGUUCCAGGGGUGGGAGACUUUGAGGUGAGUGACGUGGACUUCCUGCCGGACCCGUGCCCCCUGCCGGACGCUCAGAAGAAGCGAGCGCUGAACGAGAAGGAGCGCCUGCUCUACGCCCCCAUGGCUGGCGUUGGGGGGGUGGUGUAUGACAAAGACGCCGUGUACAUUGACCUCCCUGCCAGCCACGUCCACCAGCAGCAGGAGGAGAUGAGACCCACCACGGAGCUGGUCCAGUCCCUCAUCGACACGCACGCCACUCUGGACGCCAAGAUGGCUGCCAGCAAGGUGUCGCUCUUCAGCGGCUCCGGGACCAUGGGCCCCGAAGGCGCCGGAGAGCAGAGCGGGGGUCAGGAUGGACUGCAGGAGGAGAGCGUCUGGGAUUCCAACACCAACCGACAGAGGAGGAGGGUGCUCUUCCCUGGAGAUGAAGAUGACGGCAGCGCGUCAAGCAGCGAGGACGAGGAGGAGGAAGAGGAGGAGGAGAGCGACCACGAUGAAGAGAGUGGCAAAGAUCUGUCUGCCUUCCUCAAAGAGGCUCGAGGACAGUCUGAGAAGACGACUGCGGGCGGCGCUCCUCUGAGGAAGAGGCAGAGGCUGGAGGAGACGGCAGCGACGGCCGAGGUGCCGGCAUUUGCCGACAGCGAGGACGAGCUGGAGGUGAGCGAGGAAGAGGAGGAUGAGGGUCAGGGGGCAGGAGACUCUGGAAACUGUUCUGAGGAGGAUGAAGAAACGGAGGAUGACGAUUCAGAAGAGGAAGAUGCAGCUGAAGAUGAGGGAAAAAGAGCAAAAGAAAAAGAGAUGAAUGAGGAAGAGGAGGAGGGGGUUUUGCGAUGGAAGGACGGUUUGCAGCAGAAGGCGGCGGAGGCGUUUCUCCGACAUCAGGAAGCUGCUCCCAAUCUCCGAAAGCUGGUUUACGGCGCCGUCCUCGAGGCGGAUAACUCUGAGGAGGACGAGGAGGAACUGGGGGGGCUGUUCCGCGUCAGCCGGCCACAGAAAAGCAGGAGGGUUCAGGCGAACGCCGUGGACUGCUCCCGUUUCCACCCGGACACCACCCACGACUGGGAUCUGGAGGAGAUGUUGGACACCAUCAGAGACUGUUUUGUUACGGGGAAGUGGGACGACGGGCAGGACGCUGCCACCCUUCUGAAGCAGGACGAGGAGCUGUACGGAGACUUUGAAGACCUGGAAACAGGAGAAGUCCACAAGAGCCAAUCAGGACAAGAGGAUGUGGCCGAGAAUACCGACAGUGAUGAAGAUGGGGAGGAGGAGGUGAAGGUGGAGGAAGAGGUGGUUCAGAGGAACAAGCGUUUGGAGAAGAAGCGGAGGCUGAAGGAGAGGUUUGACGCGGAGUACGAUGACGGAGACGCCACCUACUUCGACGACCUGAAGGAGGAGAUGCAGAAGCAGGCGGAGCUGAACAGAGCGGAGUUCGAGGACGUGGACGAUGAGACCAGAGUCCAGUACGAAGGUUUCCGGCCAGGGAUGUACGUGAGGGUGGAGAUCAGCUCCGUGCCCUGUGAGUUCGUCACCAACUUUGACCCCCACUAUCCCAUCAUCCUCGGAGGCCUGGUGUCCAGCGAAGGAAACAUAGGGUACCUGCAGAUGAGACUGAAGAAACACCGAUGGUACGACCGAAUCCUGAAGACGAGGGACCCUCUGAUCCUUUCCUUAGGCUGGCGGCGCUUCCAGACCAUCCCCCUCUACCACAUCGAAGACCACAACGGACGCCACCGCCUCCUCAAGUACACGCCACUGCACAUGCACUGUGGAGCCUCCAUCUGGGGGCCCAUCACCCCACAGGGGACCGGCUUCCUGGCUCUGCAGUCCGUGGCAGGAGUCAAAGCCAACUUUCGCAUCGCGGCCACAGGAGUGGUCCUGGAUCUUGAUAAAUCUGUGACCAUAGUGAAGAAGCUCAAACUGAUUGGUUAUCCCUACAAGAUCUUCAAGAACACUUCCUUUGUUAAGGGGAUGUUCAACACGGUGCUGGAGGUGGCGAAAUUUGAAGGAGCUUCGGUGCGGACGGUUUCGGGGGUCAGAGGUCAGAUAAAGAAGGCCCUGUCCACACCUCCGGGGGCUUUCAGAGCUACGUUUGAGGACCGCCUGCUCAUGAGUGACAUUGUGUUCCUGCGUUCCUGGUAUCCGGUGUCGGUUCCUCAGCUCUACAACCCCAUCACCUCCCUGCUGCUGCCGGUCGGCCAGAAGGACGGCUGGUCGGGGAUGAGGACGCUGGGGCAGCUGAAGCUUGACCUGGGCAUCCACAACAAGCCCAACCAAGACUCUCUCUACAAGCCCGUGGUACGAGCCCCGAGGCAUUUCAACCCCCUGCACAUCCCCAAGGAGCUGCAGAAAGCCCUGCCCUUCAAGAGCAAACCCAAACAGCAGCAGGCGAAGGGAAAGACGCCCAGAGACCUGCAGAGGCCCAAAGUGAUACGAGAACCCCACGAGAGGAAGGUGGCGGCUCUGCUUCACGCUCUGCGCACCGUCCACAACCACAAGAGGAAGAAAGCCCACUCAGUGCAGCACGCCCGGCACAAAGAGUUCCUCCAGCAGAAGGAGAAGGACGAGGAGGCGAAGAUGAAGAGACAGAAGGAGGCCCGCAAGAGACUUUACAGAGUCAUGGGACAGACGGAGCAGAAGAAGCAGAGGUCCAGUCUGAAAGGAGAGCAGAAGGACUCGUGACCCCAGAGUUGACCCGAGCCUGACGGCCUUUCUGUAAAUGCUUUCAUGGCAAAUGUUUGUGAUGGUUGCUCCCUCUUUUAAUAAAACUCUAGGUAAUAAAGCUGGUCUGACUUUUGAAACAUGGAGUUUAAAGGGUUACCGGUUCUGGAAAACCUUUUUUCCUUAAAGUCCCACACCUGCAGUUCAUUACAAUUUCACCUCUGAGUUGUAGGCGGAGCUAUUGGUGCAGAGUGACCCUCCCCUUCCCGUCACCCAUAACCGAGAGCUCUUUAUUUGCACGCUCACUCUCCUACUAGCUUUCCGUCCCUCACACCUCUGACACAUGUCUGUCGCAGGGCUCUAUGGAUACAUUUGGAAAAAUAUCUGAAUUACGUUUGAAGAGCUUUUUUGGUCUGUUAAUUCAAAGAGUAAAACUUGUCAUGUGAACCAA